AUGGAGCCGGUGACAGCGUCAAAUCAGCCAAUGGAAAAGUUGUUGAACUUAAUUGGGCCAGACGAUUUGGAAGCAUAUUAUCAUGGAAACACGGUCUUUUUCUUGGACAAAGAUGUCAAUGAGAUCGUCGAUUUGGCCGAAAGUUGUUUUAUUAAAAUACCGAGUCUUAGGUCAGUUUUAAAUAACUAUUAUAUAAGAAGGGUUUAGAACAAGAUCGAUUUGUGAUUUUUAAAUUAUAGUUUCUGUUGGUAUACACUAUAUUAUAAUACUUUCAAAAACUAUUUUCGAAAACUUCGCUGUGAUAUAUCGUUAUAUUAGAUUCUUCAAAUAAUUCUGUGCUUCCUAAUCAUGAAUAUUUGCUUUAAGAGGGCACAAAAUUAUUUGAACAACCUAAUUUUUAAUUGGCUGUUUUAGAGACGCCGUUAUGGAGUUAUUAAGAGGAUUGGUACAUGAAUGUAGUCGAUAUUCUCUAUUACACGAUGCUGCUUCUUACGAAACUAACAAAAAGUUACUUGACGAGUCAUUGUCGAAACUGUUCAUACAUCUAAAUGUACAUAUUCAGAACAUUGACUCUGAUGAUUUACGGUUUUCUUUCUUAACUGUAAGCUCCAUUUUGAUCAUUCUUAUUGAUAUUAUUGACGUUUUCUAGAUUCUUUUUGAAAUAACGUCAUUUUUCAAUUUUUUAACAAUAAGAAGGUUUUAGUGGAUCCUGAAGGUAUGUUCAGAGUUGUCAAGGUGCUACACUGAAGGUGUGAAUCGACAAGUUAAGGCCAGUGAAAUUACUGUGAUCUUAACCAACGCCAAUUUCAUAUCAGAACUGGUUCAGUUGUUAAACUCAUUGUUAAUGCAAAUGUUGGAACAACAGCCAGAAAAGGUUAUGGAGCGACUACUGGAUGGUUUACAAUAUGGUGUAGCUUUUGAUUGGGUAUUUCUUCAUGUGACGUGAGUAAUAGUGUUAGAGAAUUAGUAUCAAUAGAAAUGUAUUUAUUUUCGGCUUAUAGUAAAGAUAUUCAAUUAUUUUUAGGUAAAAAAAUAUACUGAAUGAAGUUUUUGAGCAUUUUUGAUGAUUCUUUAGUUAUUUAUAGAGCUUUUAUCUUGCUUUGUAGUUAGCAGUAAAAGCUUAUGAUAAUAUUUACAGGUUACAACUUUAAAAUAUUUUAGGAAAACAUUCCCAUUUCAAUUGAUCCCUCAACUAAUGGAGAUUGGCGUCAAAGGAACGGCUCAGUUGUUGGAUAAUGAAAGUGGAUUGGCCAAAGAAACAGACCAUUUUGGCCUUAUUUCCGACCUUUUAUUGUUUUUGUCAUCUGUUCGAACACCUAAAUUGAAGAGUUCUUUAGUUGAUCAACUUGACGUAGGUUUUUUAAAAUUUUUGGUUGAAUAUUGAUAUAGUAAUUCAGUUUUUGCCUGUUUUCAGCUUAAAACUUAGUUUUUGACUUUUUUAGGUAUUACAUUGUCAUGAAUUUUUUAGGCCUACUUCUGCAACAACCAGCAUGUCGCCCACUUCGUCUUCAUUGCCAGGUUGUUUCUAAAACAUUCCGAAGUCUACGGUUUGGUCGGUGGAAUGGUCGAUAAGUUUAUAAGUGAAGCCAAUGUCAUCAGAGUACUAAAGCUGAUCGAUGCACCAUACUGGAGCAACGUAUUAGUCGGCGUGGAUAUGAAUAACAUCAAGUUUUUACUGCAGAAAACAUCUCUAAACGGGCUGAUAUUACUGUACGAAACAUUGAUACCACUGACUGCUGAUAAGAAAUACACGGAAAGGGUGUUGGGACUAACUUACAGUACUGUUGAUGCUCGGAUUCAACUUUUUCAAUUAUUGAUGGUGGGUUUGAAGUUUUAUGAGAGGAAGAAAUAUUAAAGGUUAUAAUUUAUGUUUUGUAGAACAGUUGUCGAGGUGCAGAAUUAUUUGAGCAACAUAAUAUUUUCAGACGGAGAUUUUUUCAUUAAUAGUGUUCGAAUUAAUGUACAACAACAAUCUGGACAUAACAACAGUGACCAGAAUCAUUGAAAUUGCUGAUGAACAACAAAUUCAAGAUGCUUUUAUUAGACAAAUCAUUAAGGAUGAGAAAGGGUAGGAUUACGUUUCUUGAUUUUGUUGGUACGGUUUGUAGUUUUAGGCUGAAUUUGAAGCUGUUUUGUUGUCUUUUGAAUCAGAACCCGGAGCUUCAAGCUCUGUGCCCUGUUUCUUAAAAGUGCGCAGAGCUUGAGCUGGCACUGUAGCUUAAAAGUUUAAAUUUAAGGAUUUAGUUUAGCAUUGUUUGGUCAGAUAAAAAAUACCAAGGCUUUGAAAUUGACGUUAUAUUGAGAAUUUUAGAGCAGUAAACGUGGCACGUUUGUUUGGUAUGGUUUGCAUAAAGACAGAGAAACUAUUUUCUGUAAAAGCCUUGGCCAGAAUGUUGUUUUUGGCUGCAACUGAAGAAGAGGUAAGUUUUUAGAGAACAAUUUGACGAUGGUAUGAUAUUUCCCGGUUAUAAUAUAUUAUUAUGGUUUUUUGUAAGAUGUACCUAUCUCUAUGAAAAAACAAUAUAUAAGCUCUCAAUAUCUUUGGUUUUCUUCUCUAUUUAUCUUACUUACAAAAUAGUUUGAAAGUCGCAGAAUAUUGUAGUUAAAUUUAUGCUGCACGGCAUGCUGUACAUUUAAAAAAAGCUGUAUGAACCUAAUAUAAUAUUUCUUGUAGUUGUGGAACAUCUGUGCCUUCAACCGUGUCCUCAUCCUCAACUACCCAUUGAUCUUCACUGACGCCGUCAAGUAUAUCAUUGACAACCCACACGAGUUCGAACACACAAACGAAAAAGAUUUGAAUUUAGUACGAAAUUUGUCGACCUUGGCUCGAAUCCAAGAUCAAAUGUCAAUGUCGAAGGAGGAGGGUCAAUUGAUUUAUGGAGUUCAAUUUGGAUUUGUAGACGGAUCGCUUCAAGUCUAUUUGGUCAAUGUCCUGAACGACAGAGUUGUGAACAUGAAAAACGAAAAGGUUCAAGACUUUACCGAGUUUUUCAUAGAGUACGUCAAGAACAUGGAGUAUCUGAAGUUUGUGGACAGCAGACGGGUGGCUGUUGCAACAUUGACUAGUGUCAUCGAGAAAUGGGCUUCGAUUUUGGUUACGGUCAUCAAGGAUUUGGCGAAAGAAUGUGGGUUUAUGAUGACUUUUUAUUAGAAAAAAGCGAACGACUUGGUUGUAACACAAUGCCAAAGUUGAGAGAUAUUUAAAAAAGCUAAAAUUAGUUUUUGAAUUUUUUCUUAUUAAUAGUAUGGUGAAUAUGUUAUAAAAUGUUUUCUAAAGUAUUGUUUUCAGUAGAUGCAGAAAAAACAACGUUUGUGAUAAAAUUGUUGUUGGCGUUGAUCAGAGACUACCUUCACAAUGAUGAGAUGUACAGGAGAAAAAUCGAAACAGCUAAACAGACAGAUGAGUUCAGUGACUCACAGACUGGUCCUUCAAAAGUCUUGGCCGAUUAUGAUGCUGAAUAUAAGACAGAAAUGAAAGAGUUGGAACAGUGGUACACGGAACGAUUUCUUCAGGAGUUUCUACAAAAUAUCUUUGAUGUAGGUAUACACUUUUAGUUAUGAUUAGCAUAAUAGUACUAUGCCAACAAAAAGAACUGUUUUAGCUGUAGUUUUUAUUGAAAAUUAAAAAAAAGUUUAAGUUUUAUAUAUAGUAUUUUUUAAGUUUUAAUGUUUUAGGCUUCCCAUUACCUGUUUGGAACGCUAAAAGGAACAUUGGAAAGCUCGGAAUGUCUCGAUUACAUUGAAUUCCCACAAAAUCUUCUUCCAGAUGGCUGCCUCGAAGAAGCAGAAGUACCACAAGAGUCACGACUAUUAGAAAAGUUACGAGCAAGACCGAUGACAAAUAAAAGAACGGCCGAGCUAGCACAUUCAGGAGUAAUAUCAUCUGUGCAUUCGAAGCAGAAACCUAGGCGAUGGACUGAUGUGGAGGAAUUAAGGAAAGAACUGCUUUUGUUCAUUUUUGUGAAUUUUUUGGAAAAGAAGGAAGGAAUUGACAAGAAGAAGAUCAUCAUCAUGUUGGGCCUUCAGCUGACCGCCUUGAUCUGCGAAGACACAGCGGCCGGUUGGGUUGGAUGGGACAGUUGGGACACUGAAAGGGGAUUUGUCAUACAGUAAGGGAUACUUUGAAAUACUUUAAAUUUUAUAUUUUUUUUUGGAUUUUUAGAAAUACAAAGCUUUUUAAAAAUUCAAAUUUUCAAACCUGUGUCAUUUCAGAUACAACAACGUGUACAAAAAGAUGGAAGCCUGUCCCAUAGCCUACGAGCUGUUGUUGUACUUCUCAGAAGAAGCGACCCACACGGCCGUCUACAAUUGUAUGCCGUUGUGGAAGAGUAUUCUAGCCGUGGUCACGAAUCAGCUUGGGUCAACUCCAAGGAGAACAGAAAAGUUGUCACAACAAAAUCUAGAAGAUAUUGCCAAGGUCUUGGCUAUUCUGUUGUGUGUAAGUUUAUAUUCUUGUAGUUUGUUAAUUGUAAGAAGGGUUUUGUCGAGAUGACUUUAAUAUAUUUAUGACUAAACUAAAUUUUUCAUUGGUUGUUCAAAUAAUUCUGGACUUUUUAAUUUAAAAAAUUUGCUUUGAUAGGGGACACGGAAUUUUUUGAACAACAUAUUAAAAUAAAAAAAUUUUUGGUCAAAUUUUAUGUUAUAUAGCUUAUGAUAGGCAAUGGUAAUGUUGAUUUAUUUUAGAGUGGAGUGAUACCACAAAAGUACCGCUCACUGUUUGAAAUAUUAAAGACUUUGGGUCAUUAUGAUGCAUAUUCUGUGAUGAUGGCGUUCUGGGAUCUUGUCGGAGUAAGUUUCUUUUUAAAUUUGGUAUUUGGCAAUUUUCCAUUGAUAACUUUAAAUCGGUUCAUUAUAUAGCUACAUAAUAGUGUUCUGGCUGUGUGAAUGUAGAGAUAAAAUAGAAAAAUGAGAUAUAAGAAUAUGUAAAGACUAAAUUAAACUUACCUCGCUUCAGAAAGUGGUACCAUGCGACGAGAAAGACAUGAAAACUCUGAAAGAAGAAGAUAUUCAACAACUUUUCGAGGAGCUAGACGAAAGCCACUUCUACAAGGUCCUAGUACCAGUAGCGUUCCAGAACUUUGAAGAAAACGCUGAGCACGUGGCUGACAUCAUUGACACGUUCGACGAUGAUAGUGAUGAAUGGAACUCAUUUCAAAGUGUUUAA